CUCCCUCCCUCUGUCUCUGUGCAGCUCUGUGCAGCAUGAGUAAUAAAUGGCUGAGGCCUGAGGCGGAGCCCUCCCUUCCCUACUGGUCCUGGUCCACACCCACACCCACACCCUUGCUCUUCUUCUUCCUCAUUCUCCCCUUCCUCCCUCUUUGCUGCUCGCAUUCGAUCGCCAUUUCCCACCCACCUACAAUGCACUAAACCCUCGUAAAACCUCCGACCCCAUCCCACCAAACGACCGACUUGGGGGGAUUCCCCUGGGGAGCAGCGAGCCAAUUUCUUCUUCAUCUUUUCUCGAUUUGGCUUCUACUCUCUUGGGGAAGAAGAUCCACGCCCACCCCUAGUUCCUCUUUAGUUUUUCCACCAAGAAAUCCCCAGGAGGAGGGGAGAGGUUCCCUCUGAUGAGCAGCAGCACCGCCGCUUGUCGAUGACUGAGCGCUGCCACCGAUGCUUUCGGGGUGCUCGGUGUCCAGUCUCGCGGCGAGGUUUGCCUUCUUCCCGCCGGACCCGCCCACCUACGCCCUCCGCAAGGACGAGGCCACGGGCCGCCUCGUCGCCUCCGGCGUCCCGCGGGACAACGCCUUGGAUGUGCUGCUCCUCGACACCACCAGGGGGACCAAGGUCGUCGCCUUCUACCUCAGGAACCCCUGCGCGCGCCUCACCCUGCUCUACUCGCACGGCAACGCCGCCGACCUCGCCCAGCUCUACGAUCUCUUUGUGCAGCUCAAGGUCAAUCUCAAGGUCAAUCUGAUGGGAUAUGACUACUCGGGGUACGGAGCAUCUACUGGCAAGCCAAGUGAAGAGAAUACAUAUGCAGAUAUUGAAGCAGUUUACCAGUGCUUAGAAACCGAGUAUGGAAUCAGCCAGGAAGAGCUUAUCCUGUAUGGGCAAUCUGUUGGCAGUGGGCCCACAUUGCAUUUAGCAUCUCGUUUACCAAGAUUGCGUGGUGUGGUUCUUCACAGUGCUAUACUGUCAGGCCUCCGUGUUGUUUGCCAUGUGAACUUUACUUUUUGCUUCGACAUUUACAAAAAUGUCAAAAAAAUAAAGAAGGUGAAAUGCCCAGUGCUUGUUAUUCAUGGGACCGACGACGAUGUUGUGAAUUGGUCACAUGGUAAUGAGUUGUGGAAACUGGCAAGGGAACCGUAUGAUCCACUAUGGAUCAAAGGAGGUGGUCACUGCAACCUGGAGCUGUACCCUGACUUCAUCCGCCACCUCUCCAAGUUCAUCCGCGAAAUGGAGAGCGUGACAACGAAAAUGAGGCUGAAGAAGAUUCGGCAGUCCCUCGAGCCGACAAAGACGGCAUACCGCGCGAACACGGCAACAACUACCACCUUCACCACCAACUGUUGCUGCCGUAUUCGAGUUCGCAGACCGAGCUGCAAUCUCAGCUGCAGCUGCUGCGAUGCACUGAGGAAAUGCUUUGCAUUUGGUGCAUUCAAGUGCCCAGCCUGCUGCAGCUGCUUCAAGUGCUGCUGCUGCUGUGGUGGAUAACGCGGAUGUAUAUGCGCGUGCGCUUGUGCUUGUGCUUGUAUAGGAAAAGGAACGGUCCGGGAGAUAUCUUCUAACCCUUUGAAUGCUCUAGGACUAAACGUAGAUUUAUCAGUUGGAAAAAACAUGUAUGGCAAGAUAUCCAGUUGUUUCCCGUUCUCCUAUAUAUGUAGUAGUUGUAAUUGCUCGAUAGGGUUGUGUAAUCAGCGAUGGCAUAAGCUGUUGGCUGUCGAGCUUAGAAGAGUGGUGAUGUUGUGAAUUGAUUUGAACCCAACCCUUGUGGUAAUGUUUCCCA